AUGUAUCAGAGUUGCUUUCACAACGGUUUCAUUGGACCUGCAUGUCGACAGCUCUGUGCUCAAUGUCCACCAAACCAGUCCAGUUCAUGCAAGAUUUGCGCUGCAUGCAGGGAACAUGGAAUAAGCGGUUCUCGAGAUCAAGAAUCCACUAGAGCUCCUGAGCAGCCUAAAGGAAGUUCGCCAACGCCCUAUCAGCAAACCACACGAACUCCAGCGCAACCAAAUAAAGUCACUUCUAUACCACCCGGUCAGGAAUCCACUCCUCCUGGGCAAACUGGAGAAGGAAGCUCUUUACCACCUGAUCAGCAACCCUCAAGUUGGCCGAAUCGCACAAUUAAAUUUAAAGGCUUCAAUGAAGGUGGUAAGGGUCUCAAAGAUCAGGAAGGAACUGAGCCCAAGGAAGGCAGUUCGCUGUCACCUGAUCAGCAACCCUCAAGUUGGCCGAAUCGCACAAUUAAAUUUAAAGGCUUCAAUGAAGGUGGUAAGGGUCUCAAAGAUCAGGAAGGAACUGAGCCCAAGGAAGGCAGUUCGCUGUCACCUGAUCAGCAACCCUCAAGUUGGCCGAAUCGCACAAUUAAAUUUAAAGGCUUCAAUGAAGGUGGUAAGGGUCUCAAAGAUCAGGAAGGAACUGAGCUCAAGGAAGGCAGUUCGCUGUCACCUGAUCAGCAACCCUCAAGUUGGCCGAAUCGCACAAUUAAAUUUAAAGGCUUCAAUGAAGGUGGUAAGGGUCUCAAAGAUCAGGAAGGAACUGAGCUCAAGGAAGGCAGUUCGCUGUCACCUGGUCAGGAAUCCACUCCUCCUGGGCAAACUGGAGAAGGAAGCUCUUUACCACCUGGUCAGAAAUCCACUCCUCCUGGGCAAACUGGAGAAGGAAGCUCUCUACCACCUGGUCAGGAAUCCACUCCUCCUGGGCAAACUGGAGAAGGAAGCUCUUUAUCACCUGGUCAGGAAUCCACUCCGCCUGGGCAAACUGGAGAAGGAAGCUCUUUAUCACCUGGUCAAGAAUCCACUCCUCCUGGGCAAACUGGAGAAGGAAGCUCUCUACCACCUGGUCAGGAAUCCACUCCUCCUGGGCAAACUGGAGAAGGAAGCUCUUUAUCACCUGGUCAAGAAUCCACUCCUCCUGGGCAAACUGGAGAAGGAAGCUCUCUACCACCUGAUCAGCAACCCUCAAGUUGGCCGAAUCGCACAAUUAAAUUUAAAGGCUUCAAUGAAGGUGGUAAGGGUCUCAAAGAUCAGGAAGGAACUGAGCUCAAGGAAGGCAGUUCGCUGUCACCUGGUCAGGAAUCCACUCCUCCUGGGCAAACUGGAGAAGGAAGCUCUUUACCACCAGGUCAGAAAUCCACUCCUCCUGGGCAAACUGGAGAAGGAAGCUCUCUACCACCUGGUCAGGAAUCCACUCCUCCUGGGCAAACUGGAGAAGGAAGCUCUUUAUCACCUGGUCAGGAAUCCACUCCGCCUGGGCAAACUGGAGAAGGAAGCUCUUUAUCACCUGGUCAGAAAUCCACUCCUCCUGGGCAAACUGGAGAAGGAAGCUCUUUACCACCUGGUCAGAAAUCCACUCCUCCUGGGCAAACUGGAGAAGGAAGCUCUUUAUCACCUGGUCAGGAAUCCACUCCGCCUGGGCAAACUGGAGAAGGAAGCUCUUUAUCACCUGGUCAGGAAUCCACUCCGCCUGGGCAAACUGGAGAAGGAAGCUCUUUAUCACCUGGUCAAGAAUCCACUCCUCCUGGGCAAACUGGAGAAGGAAGCUCUUUAUCACCUGGUCAGGAAUCCACUCCGCCUGGGCAAACUGGAGAAGGAAGCUCUUUAUCACCUGGUCAAGAAUCCACUCCUCCUGGGCAAACUGGAGAAGGAAGCUCUCUACCACCUGGUCAGGAAUCCACUCCUCCUGGGCAAACUGGAGAAGGAAGCUCUUUAUCACCUGGUCAAGAAUCCACUCCUCCUGGGCAAACUGGAGAAGGAAGCUCUCUACCACCUGAUCAGCAACCCUCAAGUUGGCCGAAUCGCACAAUUAAAUUUAAAGGCUUCAAUGAAGGUGGUAAGGGUCUCAAAGAUCAGGAAGGAACUGAGCUCAAGGAAGGCAGUUCGCUGUCACCUGGUCAGGAAUCCACUCCUCCUGGGCAAACUGGAGAAGGAAGCUCUUUACCACCAGGUCAGAAAUCCACUCCUCCUGGGCAAACUGGAGAAGGAAGCUCUCUACCACCUGGUCAGGAAUCCACUCCUCCUGGGCAAACUGGAGAAGGAAGCUCUUUAUCACCUGGUCAGGAAUCCACUCCGCCUGGGCAAACUGGAGAAGGAAGCUCUUUAUCACCUGGUCAGAAAUCCACUCCUCCUGGGCAAACUGGAGAAGGAAGCUCUUUAUCACCUGGUCAGGAAUCCACUCCGCCUGGGCAAACUGGAGAAGGAAGCUCUUUAUCACCUGGUCAGGAAUCCACUCCGCCUGGGCAAACUGGAGAAGGAAGCUCUUUAUCACCUGGUCAAGAAUCCACUCCUCCUGGGCAAACUGGAGAAGGAAGCUCUUUAUCACCUGGUCAGGAAUCCACUCCGCCUGGGCAAACUGGAGAAGGAAGCUCUUUAUCACCUGGUCAAGAAUCCACUCCUCCUGGGCAAACUGGAGAAGGAAGCUCUUUACCACCUGGUCAGAAAUCCACUCCUCCUGGGCAAACUGGAGAAGGAAGCUCUUUAUCACCUGGUCAGGAAUCCACUCCGCCUGGGCAAACUGGAGAAGGAAGCUCUUUAUCACCUGGUCAGGAAUCCACUCCUCCUGGGCAAACUGGAGAAGGAAGCUCUUUACCACCUGGUCAGAAAUCCACUCUUCCUGGGCAAACUGGAGAAGGAAGCUCUCUACCUCCUGGUCAGGAAUCCACUCCUCCUGGGCAAACUGGAGAAGGAAGCUCUUUAUCACCUGGUCAGGAAUCCACUCCGCCUGGGCAAACUGGAGAAGGAAGCUCUUUAUCACCUGGUCAGGAAUCCACUCCGCCUGGGCAAACUGGAGAAGGAAGCUCUUUAUCACCUGGUCAAGAAUCCACUCCUCCUGGGCAAACUGGAGAAGGAAGCUCUUUAUCACCUGGUCAGGAAUCCACUCCGCCUGGGCAAACUGGAGAAGGAAGCUCUCUACCACCUGAUCAGCAACCCUCAAGUUGGCCGAAUCGCACAAUUAAAUUUAAAGGCUUCAAUGAAGGUGGUAAGGGUCUCAAAGAUCAGGAAGGAACUGAGCCCAAGGAAGGCAGUUCGCUGUCACCUGGUCAGGAAUCCACUCCGCCUGGGCAAACUGGAGAAGGAAGCUCUUUACCACCUGGUCAGAAAUCCACUCUUCCUGGGCAAACUGGAGAAGGAAGCUCUCUACCUCCUGGUCAGACAUCCACUCCUCCUGGGCAAACUGGAGAAGGAAGCUCUUUAUCACCUGGUCAGGAAUCCACUCCGCCUGGGCAAACUGGAGAAGGAAGCUCUUUAUCACCUGGUCAGGAAUCCACUCCGCCUGGGCAAACUGGAGAAGGAAGCUCUUUAUCACCUGGUCAAGAAUCCACUCCUCCUGGGCAAACUGGAGAAGGAAGCUCUUUAUCACCUGGUCAGGAAUCCACUCCGCCUGGGCAAACUGGAGAAGGAAGCUCUCUACCACCUGAUCAGCAACCCUCAAGUUGGCCGAAUCGCACAAUUAAAUUUAAAGGCUUCAAUGAAGGUGGUAAGGGUCUCAAAGAUCAGGAAGGAACUGAGCCCAAGGAAGGCAGUUCGCUGUCACCUGGUCAGGAAUCCACUCCUCCUGGGCAAACUGGAGAAGGAAGUUCUUUACCACCUGGUCAGAAAUCCACUCCUCCUGGGCAAACUGGAGAAGGAAGCUCUCUACCACCUGGUCAGGAAUCCACUCCUCCUGGGCAAACUGGAGAAGGAAGCUCUUUAUCACCUGGUCAGGAAUCCACUCCGCCUGGGCAAACUGGAGAAGGAAGCUCUUUAUCACCUGGUCAGGAAUCCACUCCGCCUGGGCAAAGUGGAGAAGGAAGCUCUUUAUCACCUGGUCAGGAAUCCACUCCUCCUGGGCAAACUGGAGAAGGAAGCUCUUUACCACCUGGUCAGAAAUCCACUCCUCCUGGGCAAACUGGAGAAGGAAGCUCUCUACCACCUGGUCAGGAAUCCACUCCUCCUGGGCAAACUGGAGAAGGAAGCUCUUUAUCACCUGGUCAGGAAUCCACUCCGCCUGGGCAAACUGGAGAAGGAAGCUCUUUAUCACCUGGUCAAGAAUCCACUCCUCCUGGGCAAACUGGAGAAGGAAGCUCUCUACCACCUGAUCAGCAACCCUCAAGUUGGCCGAAUCGCACAAUUAAAUUUAAAGGCUUCAAUGAAGGUGGUAAGGGUCUCAAAGAUCAGGAAGGAACUGAGCCCAAGGAAGGCAGUUCGCUGUCACCUGGUCAGGAAUCCACUCCUCCUGGGCAAACUGGAGAAGGAAGCUCUUUACCACCUGGUCAGAAAUCCACUCCUCCUGGGCAAACUGGAGAAGGAAGCUCUCCACCACCUGGUCAGGAAUCCACUCCUCCUGGGCAAAUUGGAGAAGGAAGCUCUUUAUCACCUGGUCAGGAAUCCACUCCGCCUGGGCAAACUGGAGAAGGAAGCUCUUUAUCACCUGGUCAGGAAUCCACUCCGCCUGGGCAAACUGGAGAAGGAAGCUCUUUAUCACCUGGUCAAGAAUCCACUCCUCCUGGGCAAACUGGAGAAGGAAGCUCUCUACCACCUGAUCAGCAACCCUCAAGUUGGCCGAAUCGCACAAUUAAAUUUAAAGGCUUCAAUGAAGGUGGUAAGGGUCUCAAAGAUCAGGAAGGAACUGAGCCCAAGGAAGGCAGUUCGCUGUCACCUGGUCAGGAAUCCACUCCUCCUGGGCAAACUGGAGAAGGAAGCUCUUUACCACCUGGUCAAGAAUCCACUCCUCCUGGGCAAACUGGAGAAGGAAGCUCUCUACCACCUGAUCAGCAACCCUCAAGUUGGCCGAAUCGCACAAUUAAAUUUAAAGGCUUCAAUGAAGGUGGUAAGGGUCUCAAAGAUCAGGAAGGAACUGAGCCCAAGGAAGGCAGUUCGCUGUCACCUGGUCAGGAAUCCACUCCUCCUGGGCAAACUGGAGAAGGAAGCUCUUUAUCACCUGGUCAGAAAUCCACUCCUCCUGGGCAAACUGGAGAAGGAAGCUCUUUAUCACCUGGUUAG